AUGGUGCUGGCGCCGGUAUGCCCCAGGUCGCUGUCCUUCAGGCCGCUGAUGCUCCCGGCAUCGUCGGUGGUUACACUGCAGGUGCACAAGGGCAGCCGCGGGCAGGCAACGGCGUUUGUCGAUGGAAGGGACUGUGGGGGCGUCGUGCAGGGCGAAAAAGUCGUUAUCCGCAGGUCUCCGUUCCCGCUGAUGUGCGUCAAUAGGGUGGAUCUGGCGAAGGGCUGGGCACAGGAUAUUAACCAGCUGCUCAAGUUCAAUCGCACUUUCUCGCACCCCCAUGAGACCCCGUUUGAUGAUCCCGACGAGCCUUCUGAUCAAUAG